GAAUAUGAAACCGGAAGUUAACGUUCGCGUCACACGAGGACCGAUCUAAAAAAGACAACACGAGAAAUGUUCUGCUAACAUCAGCCACAUGUGAUACGAAGAAAUGUAGAGAGUUGGACCGUCGGAAUUGGUUUGAUUUUAUGAAAUAUCCAGAGAAUAUUAAUAAUGAGUGACAUUCAAGAAUAUUCAGACGUUGUUCAGGAAGUCCGAGGAGCCCUGAAUGCAGGCAAGCUGAAGCUGCAGAGCACCAGUGUUAGUUUCAAAAACAUUAAAACUGGAAAGGUUGAUCAAUAUCAAAGCACAGAUGUUGACAAAGUCUACUGGUUAAAACGAGCGAGAGGCUAUUGUUUAAAGUUUAUGUUAGAUACUGGUAUUAUCCACAGAUAUGAUGGAUUCAAAGAAGCAGAUUUUGACAAGUUGUCAAACUUUGUAUCAAAAUAUUAUCAAACAAAUUUAGAAAAACAAGAUAUGUCUGUCAAGGGAUGGAACUGGGGACUUGCAAACUUCACAGGAAACUCCCUGAACUUUGAGGUUGACAACAAACUUGCUUUUGAAGUACCACUCAAUCAUGUUUCCCAUUCAACUACCACCAAGAGUGAAGUGACAUUGGAAUUUCAUCAAAAUGAUGAUGCUGCAGUGUCCCUCAUGGAACUCCGUUUCCAUAUUCCCGGACAACCAGCAGCCGCAGCAGCAGCAGCAGCAAAUGCUGAAAAGGGAGAAAACACAGAGAUUAAAGAUCCAGUACAGGAAUUUUACGAGAAUGUUCUUGACAAAGCAGACAUUAUUCAGGCAACUGGAGAAACUAUUGCAGUAUUCACAGAAGUACAUUGUCUCACACCCAGAGGUCGGUAUGACUUCAAGAUUUACCCAACUUUCCUACAGCUUCAUGGUAAAACAUUUGACUACAAAAUCCCUUACACAACAGUUUUACGGUUGUUCCUCCUGCCUCACAAAGAUGGCAGACAGAUGUUCUUUGUGGUGAGUUUGGAUCCUCCCAUCAAACAAGGACAGACAAGAUAUCCCUUCAUCAUUCUUCUCUUCCAAAAGGAUGACGAGAUGACAUUAGAACUGGGCCAGUCAGAUGAAGACUUCGAGACGAAAUACGAGGGUAAAUUACAGCGCGAGAUGUCCGGUUUGGAGUAUGAAGUCAUCAGUCGGGUAUUUAAGGCGGUAACCAACAGAAAGAUCACAGUCCCUGGAACAUUCAUUGGGAGUUCAGGAACCAAUGCUAUUAGUUGUUCCUACAAAGCAGCCACUGGAUUCCUUUACCCACUAGAGAGGGGCUUCAUAUUUAUACACAAACCUCCGAUGCACAUUCGAUUUGACGAGGUGUCCAGUGUUAACUUUGCCAGGAGUGCAGGCAGUACAAGGUCAUUUGACUUUGACGUGGAGACAAAGUCCGGCAAUAUGCACACCUUCGUUGGUAUAGAAAAGGAUGAAUAUGGCAAGUUAUACGAUUUUGUUAGUAAUAAGAAACUCCGGGUAAAGAACAUUGGUGGAAAAUUAGACCAGAAGCAGAGUGCCAACUAUGCGGACGACAUGAAUGAUAGCGAUGAUGAUGACGGUGAUCACGAUGCAUACCUGGAGAGGAUGAAGGCUGAAGGGAAGGAUAGAUACAGUGAUGAUGAGGAUGAUGAUACAGACAGCUCAGAUGAGUCUUUUAACCCUGGUGACAGUGGAAGUGAAGUGGCAGAAGAAUAUGACAGUAACCCGCCAACAACAUCAGAGUCUGAAGAGGAUGAUCUGGGUAGUGGUCCAGAAGCUGAAGCUAAACGAGAGGCAAGACGCAAAGAGAAGGAAAAGAAGAGAGCUCGUACUGCUAAGACAGUUAGAGAGCCUGGCCAGAAAAAGGUGAAGCGGAAGAGUAAGAACAAGAAUCGUGAUCCUAACAAGCCCAAGCGGCCCAUGUCUGGGUAUAUGAUCUGGUUCAACACCAACAGGGAGAGCAUUAAGGCAGAUAACCCCAGUUUAUCCAUGACAGAACUCUCUAAAAAGGCUGGAGAACUCUGGAAGGAAAUGAAAGACAAAUCGGAAUGGGACGAGAAGCAUGCAAAGGCAAAGGAGGAAUACGUUUUGGCAAUGGAAGAAUAUAACAAAAAACCAAAGAAUGCAGGGAACAGUGACAAUGCUGGCAGUGGCAGUGAUGAAGAGAAAAAGACAAAGAAAAGGGUGAAAAAGUCUUCCGGUUCCUCCAAGAGUCCAUCCAAGAAAGUCGCCGAGAGUAGGGCAGGGGCAGGAGAAUCUUACAAGAGUAAGGAGUUCAUCUCAAGUUCUAGUUCUUCCGAUGAAGACAAGCCAUUGAAAAAGAAAGCAAAGAAGAAGGAGGAAGUAAAGAAAGAAGUGAAAAAAGAAGAAAGUGAAGAGGACAAAGAGAGUAGUGUUGGAGAGCUGCCUUCCGAUGAAGAGAUCCUUCCAUCUCCACCAUCUUCAGGGAAGGGAUCGGGAUCUGAUGAAACGGACUCUGAAUCUGGCUCAGACUGAGUUAUCAAACUCAUCACAACAAAAUUAAUGCUGAGGCUCCGAAUCCAACUCUAAGUUAUCAGCGAAUUUGGCUCAAACUGAGUUAUAGAACUCAUCAAAGCAGAUAUAACACCAAGACUUUAUAACAUUAGUGAUUUCCAGGAGCAAAAAUUAGUGCAGUUCAAGAAGCAUAUAUUUUUUCAUCUUCACCAGAUCUGAUUAAAUAUAUGCCUGUGAAAAACUCUUUGUGUAGAAAACAGUAUCUUUUCAUCGGAUACUCGAUCUAAAUUGUAUUGGAGUGAUUAUUUUCCAGCAGACAGAAUCCAUUUCUCAUUUGUACAUAGAAAUCAUGAUUUCAUAAAAUAGUUUGUCAAUUUGGAAAAUGAACAUAGUGCUAUAUGCUUUGAUCAUGCAACACUUGUUUUGUGAAAUGAAUACCUCUUUAUUAAUGUAAUCAGUGAAUUGUGACAACUACCACAAUAUGUUUGAUAUUGGAAUUGUGAACCUCACAAAAUAACUCAAACAUAGCAUUUAUGUUUGAUACUUGUUUAUAAAGUGAAAUGUCAAUAGAUA